AUGCCGACCCAGAGGGACAGCAGCACCAUGUCCCACCCGGUCGCAGGAAGCGGCGGCAGCGGGGACCAUUCUCAUCAAGUCCGGGUGAAAGCCUACUACCGCGGGGAUAUCAUGAUAACACAUUUUGAACCUUCAAUCUCCUUUGAGGGCCUUUGUAGCGAGGUUCGAGAUAUGUGUUCUUUUGACAAUGAACAACUUUUCACCAUGAAAUGGAUAGAUGAGGAAGGUGACCCGUGUACCGUGUCAUCUCAGUUGGAGUUAGAAGAAGCCUUUAGGCUUUAUGAGCUAAACAAGGAUUCUGAACUCUUAAUUCAUGAAUCCAUCUACCGCCGAGGUGCUCGCCGCUGGAGAAAGCUUUAUUGUGCAAAUGGACACACUUUCCAAGCCAAGCGUUUCAACAGGCGUGCACACUGUGCCAUCUGCACUGACCGAAUAUGGGGACUUGGACGCCAGGGAUAUAAGUGCAUUAACUGCAAACUAUUAGUCCAUAAGAAGUGCCACAAACUUGUCACAAUUGAAUGUGGGCGACCUUCUUUGCCACCGGAGCCAAUGAUGCCCAUGGAUCAGACAUCCAUGCAUCCGGACCAUGCACAGACAGUAAUUCCAUAUAAUCCUUCAAGUCAUGAGAGUUUGGACCAAGUUGGUGAAGAAAAAGAGGCAAUGAACACCAGGGAAAGUGGCAAAGCUUCGUCUAGUUUAGGACUUCAGGAUUUUGAUUUGCUCAGGGUAAUAGGAAGAGGAAGUUAUGCCAAAGUACUACUGGUUCGAUUAAAAAAAACAGAUCGUAUUUAUGCCAUGAAAGUUGUGAAAAAAGAGCUUGUCAAUGAUGAUGAGGAUAUUGAUUGGGUGCAGACAGAGAAGCAUGUUUUUGAGCAGGCAUCCAAUCAUCCUUUUCUUGUUGGGCUACAUUCAUGCUUUCAGACAGAAAGCAGGUUGUUCUUUGUUAUAGAAUAUGUAAAUGGAGGAGAUCUAAUGUUUCAUAUGCAGCGGCAAAGAAAACUUCCUGAAGAACAUGCCAGAUUUUAUUCUGCAGAAAUCAGUCUAGCAUUAAAUUAUCUUCAUGAGCGAGGGAUAAUUUAUAGAGAUUUGAAAUUGGACAAUGUGUUACUGGACUCUGAAGGACACAUUAAACUCACUGAUUAUGGCAUGUGUAAGGAAGGAUUACGGCCAGGAGAUACAACUAGCACUUUCUGUGGUACUCCUAAUUACAUUGCUCCUGAAAUUUUAAGAGGAGAAGAUUACGGUUUUAGUGUCGACUGGUGGGCUCUUGGAGUGCUAAUGUUUGAGAUGAUGGCAGGAAGGUCUCCGUUUGAUAUUGUUGGGAGCUCUGAUAAUCCUGAUCAGAACACAGAGGAUUAUCUCUUCCAAGUUAUUUUGGAAAAACAAAUUCGUAUACCACGUUCUCUCUCGGUAAAAGCUGCAAGCGUCCUGAAGAGUUUUCUCAACAAGGAUCCAAAAGAACGAUUGGGUUGUCAUCCUCAAACAGGAUUUGCUGAUAUUCAAGGACACCCAUUCUUCCGGAAUGUUGAUUGGGAUAUGAUGGAGCAAAAGCAGGUGGUACCUCCCUUUAAACCAAAUAUUUCUGGGGAAUUUGGUUUGGACAACUUUGAUUCUCAGUUUACUAAUGAACCUGUCCAGCUCACUCCAGAUGAUGAUGACAUUGUGAGGAAGAUUGACCAGUCUGAAUUUGAAGGUUUCGAGUAUAUCAAUCCUCUUUUGAUGUCUGCAGAAGAAUGUGUCUGA